CACUAUUGUCGAAAUGAAGCUUCAGUUGCUGUUACACUGCUCCGGAAUAUGGUUGUAUGCUCUUAUCUUAUCAUUUAUAUCGCGUCAAGAUACUGCUUAAUUACUCUAAGGUUGGGAAACAGGUGACAGUUCAAUCAGAUGGUGCAACUGCUCGGUAUUGUAGGUGUUUUAUUGUGAUUUUCUGUGAGUGUUGUGGCAAUAUACUUUACGUAUGGAGAGAAUAAAUGCUUCAAACAAAAACCUUUUUGAGUGUCAAGUUCAAUCUUGAUGUUGAGUUUACGAACAUACUAGUUUUAUAGAUUAGAUGACGACUGAAAAUACCGAUGGAAGCUAACAAUCCAUCCUUACAACUUAGUGUUGACAAUCUAGAAAAACCACAUCGCUUCAGUCUUCAGCACAAUCGAUCAGAAUUGGUACCAUCGAGUUUCAGGCAAACACAAUCGCAAAGAUAUGAUUCAGAAGGAAGAAGAAAAAUAAAGAAAGCAAUAGUGAUUCCCCCGUCUUCAACAAUCGCUGAAGUAUCUGAAGAGGCUGAACCCGACGAGAAGAAUUUUGACCAAUUUAAAGUAGAAAAUGAAAAAAGAAAUAGCAAAGUUUCGAAGAAAAGCGAAAAGUCAAUUUAUGCAUUCGAUAACGCAGCUUACGAUGGAAAUUUGGACAAACGGAGUAUAUCCAGCAGAGCAGGGUCUUCAAGACAACCAAGUGUACAGAGCUUAGAGGUUGUUCGCGAACAAUACUGCUGCUUUGCUAGAAGAACAAACUGUGAAAAGAAACUUUUAGUUACAGUGACUAUUUUAAGUAUAGUUAUUAUUGUGUUGGUUAUAGUUUUAGCUCUAAUAGCAUCUCACCAUGAUAUAGAUAUAAAGUCUACAAUAAGAGAUUUAUCAUCAUAGAGAAGAGACUGUUUAUAAAUUAUAGGUAUUGAAUCAUAAUCAUGUUCCUUUUGUAUUUUCAAGUUAUUGUUAUGGAAUUGUGUACUUAGAUAUUUAAACAAAAAUGUUUUUGUCACAUUA